AUGGCGCACAGCUGUCGGUGGCGGUUCCCCGCUCGGCCCGGAGGGAGCAGCAACUCCGGUACCGGGAGGAGAGCGGGCCGAAUCAGGGUUACUGCCUCUCUGCAGAAUGUCUCCGGAGCCCACCCCAACGCAGCUGGGCUCGGACCCGGGUUUGAUGCUGCACUACAGGUCUCCUCGGUUAUCGGGAGCAACCUGCAGAAAUUUCGGGAUGUUUUGGGGGAAUCGAGUGACUCGAGCAGCGGGGAGGAAGAAGCAUUUGGAGGAUUUGGAACAGUUACUGAGCAGAAAAGAAUACAGAGUCCUUCAACCAGCUCCACAGCAGGCCCACCCCUACAGGAGAAGAAGCCCAGAGGCCGUCCCCCAAGGGCCCUCACUGCCCAGAAAGCUGCUGCAAGUCUACCUUCCCCUUCGUCCCUUCCCUCUCCCACACAGGCCAAACUUGAGGGCCCUGAAAGGCCAGCAGAAAAGGUGAAAAGACUACCUGGAAGGCCACCAGGCACUGGGGAAAAGAGAAGAGGUAGACCCCCAUCUUCAAGUAGCAAGAAAGCUUGGUCUACAGGUGGCCAUGCAGCAGGGGAGGGCAUUAGGCCCACUGGGUCUGAGCUGGGUAUGGACACAGAGGAGGACAAUGAAAGAAAGGGCGUCAAGAGGACACCCCUAGGCUCAGCUCAGGCACAGGACACAGAGGCAAAGCUUUCCAAAGGUGGGCGGGGUGAAUCCAAAGUUACCAACCUUAAAAGGAUGAGAGCGACUAAACUUGCUCCUCUCAAGUCGCGGCUCAAGACAUUGCCUGGUGCACCCCGACGCAGACGUGGGCGACCCCCUUCAGCUGAGCGUCUCAAAGCUGAGGCAGCAGCAGCAGCAGCUGCUGCUGCGCAGCUUUCUACCUCCAUGGAAUCUGGGGAUGGGAAACAGAAAGUCUUCAGGGCCAGAGGGGGCGAUAGAGGCACAGAACCACAAACUCCCCAGCCCAUGCUGAGGAAUGUGGAUGGUUCUGAAGACCAAGACUCUUCCAAUCAACCUGCUUCCCCUUCCCCUUCAGCGCAAGGCAGGGCAGUUGGCCUCAGAAAAAGCCCUCGCCACAGGAAGCCUGUCAGAAUUGUCCCCUCAUCCAAACGCACUGAUGCAACCAUAGCUAAACAGCUGCUGCAGCGUGCUAAAAAAGGAGCGCAGAAACGCCUGGAGAAGGAAGCCAUUGGAGGCAGUGGGACAGGGGCAAUUGAGGCUGGCAUCAGGAAGACCCAGCUGAAGAACAUUAGGCAGUUCAUCAUGCCUGUCGUCAGCACUGUCUCCCUUCGCAUCAUCAAAACCCCCAAGCGUUUCAUUGAAGAUGAGGGCAGCUUUGGAACCCCUGCACCUCAUAUGAAGAUGGCACGAUUGGAGGCAGCCCCCUCAUCUGUCUCCACAUCUGCUCAACCCACAUCCACCACCACCACUUCCUCCCCUGCCCCUGUACUGGCCUCCUCUACACCUGCUGUUACUAGCACUGGCACCACUGCUCUUAUUGACUCCCUCCCCCCUCCACCACCUCCUGCCCCUACCCCCAGUGCACCGUCAACAGCUGCCAAUCUGCUCAACAGCAAUACCAACAACACCAACGCCAAUGGACGAUUUAGCAGCAGCGCAGCAUCUUGUGGCUCGAGCGCUGUGUCUCAGCACUCCUCCCAGCUCUCUUCUGCAGAGUCUUCCAGGUCCAGCAGCCCCAGCUUGGAUGACUCAUCAUGUGACUCCCAGGCUUCUGAGGCCACACAGGCUUUGUCGGAGCCAGACGAUCACUCUCCGUCCUCACAGGGAGAGAGGGAGGCCAACCUGUUGCACAGCUCACGGCCUCCCUCUCCUCCCUCUGAGCCAGAGCCAGAGCAGGUGUUGGCAGAGUUAAGUCGGCGAGGCCGUAGAGGACAGGGUGUCGGCCAGCAAAGUCAGAGGGUUAGGGAACCGGUUGGGGCUAAAAAGCCCAUUAUAAGCCCGCCGACAGGAGUGCUGUUGUCCUCUACACUUAUAAAUUCCCAGCAAGCGUCAUCCACGGCCUCCUCUUCGUCUUCCCCUCCACCUCCCCCACUCCUCACACCCCCACAGCCUCCACAGUCAGCGUCCUCCAAUGCAGCCGCCAUCAGUGAACACCACUCUCAGUCACCCUGGAUGUCUCACCCCAUCCCCCCGUUCCUGUCUGGACCGUCAGUUCUGUCCAGCUUGUCAGACAAACGAAGUCGCUCAAUUCUAAGAGAGCCCACCUUCCGCUGGACAUCCCUGUCCCACCCGGGACAUCAGUACUUCUCCUCAGCAAAAUACGCCAAGGAAGGCCUCAUCCGCAAGCCCAUAUUUGACAACUUUCGUCCUCCCCCUCUCACAGCAGAGGACGUAGGGCUGUUACCACAAGGUGUAGGUGGAGCAGGGGGAGCCUCUCCAGUUUCGUUCCCUGCACCAGGCAGUGGAGGAGGAACAGGAACUCGUCUUUUUUCCCCUCUUCACACACACACCCACCAUCAACAUCCCUCUUCAUCCCGCUUUGACCCACCACACCAGAAGCGCAGCCCCUUGCUCCGUGCCCCACGCUUCACACCCAGUGAGGCCCACUCUCGGAUAUUCGAGUCUGUUACCCUACAGUCAUCUUCUGGAAGCAGCCCCGGCUCUCUCUCCCCACACCAGACAUCCUCAAGCUCUAGCAGAGCAUCGCGGCGCAGAAGACGACUGGUCCCUGCAACAAUACGCAGCAAUCCACGGUCUCCUUCCCACUCAAUGACCAGACGCAGCAGCCAAAUAGGAGGACAGAUAUCUGUACGGAAAGGGUCCUCUGAGAUGUCUGUGCUGAUAAGCCCUGUCUCCAACAGUAACUCCAGCUCUUUGCCAGGGGUUUCUGCAAGUCCACUAGCCACUAGUGCCUUAACUCCUGCUUCUUUCAGCGCCUUCUCCACCGUGUCCCUAGGUCUGGCUUCCCAAGGGACACCUGAUGGCAGAAGGGGGGCUGCUGGGAACCCGCCUUCUUUGUCAUCUUCAACAUCAUCUUCUUCCCCACUUUUCCCCCUCUUUACCUCCAGUGCACAGGACACAGGGCGAGGAGCUGGGAAAGGAGGUAAAGAAAAAAGUUUGUCAGCUGCCCAGGAAUCUGCACCCAAGGAAAAAGAAAGGGAUUCGGAGAAAAACAGAGAGAAAGAGAAGGAGAAUAAGAGGGAGGGGAGAAAGGAGCUGGAGAAAAGAAGUAAAGUUUCUACACCAGAUGGCUCCCCAAAUGCACCUUCCAGUUUGUUUACUGUGGAUGGGAGGGACUCUGAAGAUCCUCUUUUAACUCUUGCUCCAAAAAAGACUCCAGGAAGAAAGAAAUCCACAUCAGUUGACAUGGUGUCUGACACCGCAUCCUCGGAGUUGCGUGGCAUCCAUUCCACUGUUCCGGUUUCCAUUGCUAAAGGACGUUUAUCUAAGAAAGGUAGACCGUCAGAGAAAGGAGCAGAGACGGAGGAUGGGGAGAAGGAUAAAGAGAAACAGAGUGCUCCUAGCCAGCAGACAGCAAGCCUUCCAGGGCCGACAGGCAGACAGCAGCUCCCUGUCUCCUCUCUUGGACCGGUGUUGGAGCAUGCGGCGGAGAAACAGCCUGUGACAGACAAGCGGGUUGUUGGACUGUUGAAGAAGGCCAAAGCACAGCUCUUUGAGAUUAAGAAGAGUAAGCUGAAGCCUGCAGACCAGACCAAGGUCCAGGGUCAAGAGAGUGACUCGUCAGAGACCUCAGUCCGCGGUCCACGCAUCAAGCACGUAUGUCGUCGUGCAGCUGUGGCUCUUGGCCGAAACCGGGCAGUGUUCCCCGACGACAUGCCCACACUUAGUGCCUUGCCCUGGGAGGAGAGGGAGAAGAUCCUAUCUUCCAUGGGGAAUGAUGACAAAUCAUCAGUAGCAGGCUCCGAGGAGGCAGAGCCUCAGUCCCCUCCCAUAAAGCCACGUGAGACUAGGCAAAAGGCUGUUCAAGAAGCUCCUCCCAAGAAGGGGCGUCGGUCGCGGCGCUGUGGCCAGUGCUCAGGCUGCCAGGUUCCAGAGGACUGUGGUGUUUGUACCAACUGUCUCGACAAGCCUAAGUUUGGAGGGAGAAACAUUAAAAAGCAGUGCUGCAAGAUGAGGAAGUGUCAGAAUUUGCAGUGGAUGCCCUCAAAGAUGUUUCUGCAGAAGCAAGGGAAAGGCAAGAAGGACAAGAAGAAGAACAAGUUGUCAGAGAAGAAGGAAGGUCUCAAUCCGGUGAAAGGGCCAAACUCAGAUUCGGGUCCUAAAGUUUCUCCUGCACCACCAAAGGAGGAGCCUACCCGCAAGAAGAGUGAAACUCCACCUCUCAAGUUGUUGGAGGACAAGUCGAGACAACAGCAGCCAUCGUCAAAGCAGUCUUCUCCAGCCCUCACACCUUCUCCCGCCCCAGUCGAACCCCUCCAGACCCCCAGCGCAGUCCCAGCACUGACUUCAUCUCCGGCAUCGACACCAGACACCAAACAGCCCUCUGUCACGAGCAGUGUCACCAGCAAGAAGGGACACAAACUACAGCAGUCUGUACCAACAUCCUCCUCAUCUUCCUCAUCCUCCUCCUCCUCUUCCACAUCUUCUUCUUCUUCGUCCUCGUCAUCCUCCUCCCCCUCGUCUUCAGCACAGAAUUCCCCCUCCCAGUCGACGCAGCCUCAUCAACCAUCACAACAGCAGCAACGGCCUCUUACAAGUCAGCCACCUUCAAAAAAGGAUGCUUCACCCAAGAUUCCUCUGAGCGAGCCCAAGAAGAAGACCCAGCAGCACUCAUUGCAACAGCAAAGCUCAACUCCUACAACUUCAGAUACAGUUGAAUCAAAACCGUUGAAGAAGCCAACUUCCCGCUCUGUUCCUCCAUCUCCCAAACAGAGAGCAAAAGAUAAGCCGCUGACCACUAAACCCCCAAGCAGCAGUACUUUAAACUGGCUGAGCACUCCCUCGACUAGGGGCCAGACCAAGUCCAGAGCGCCCUGCGACGGAGUGCAUCGUAUCAGAGUGGAUUUCAAGAGGGACCAUGAUGUUGAGAAGGUGUGGGAGGCUGGCGGCCUCAGCCUGCUCACCUCUGUGCCUGUCACACCUCGGGUGCUCUGCUUCUUGUGCGCGAGCAGCGGAAAUGUUGAGUUUGUCUUCUGCCAGGUGUGCUGUGAACCCUUCCAUCUCUUUUGUCUGGGGGAGUCGGAGCGCCCUCUCCGGGAACAGUUUGAGAACUGGUGUUGUAGAAGAUGCAGAUUCUGCCAGGCCUGUGGACGCCAGCAUCAGAAAACUAAACAGCAGCUGCUAGAGUGCGAUAAGUGCCGAAACAGCUAUCACCCAGAGUGCCUGGGUCCCAACCACCCUACCAGACCCACAAAGAAGAAGAGAGUCUGGGUUUGCACCAAGUGUGUGCGCUGUAAGAGUUGUGGGGCCACUAAACCUGGGAAAUCCUGGGACGCCCAGUGGUCACAUGACUUCUCCAUGUGUCAUGACUGUGCCAAACUCUUUGCAAAAGGAAACUUCUGUCCACUGUGUGAUAAGUGCUAUGAUGACGAUGACUAUGACAGCAAGAUGAUGGAGUGUGGACGCUGCAACCACUGGGUUCAUGCAAAGUGUGAGAAUCUGACAGAUGAAAUGUACGAGCUGCUAUCAAAGCUGCCGGAGAGCGUUGCCUACACAUGUACCAAAUGUACUGACCGCCAUCCAGCUGAGUGGAGGACGGCGCUGGAGAGGGAGCUCCAGGGCUGCGUUCGCCACGUCCUUACUGCACUGCUCAACUCACGCACAUCCUCACACCUGCUGCGCUACAGACAGACGGUGAAGCCUCCAGAGCUGAACCCGGAGACAGAGGAGAGUCUUCCAUCCCGUCGUUCUCCCGAGGGCCCAGAUCCUCCAGUUCUUACAGAAGUCACCCCCACAACUCCCAGCGACUCCCCUCCAGACCUGGAGUCCGUUCAGAAAAAGAUGGAUCAAGGCCGAUACAAUUCAGUGCUGGAGUUCAGUGAUGACAUAGUGCGGGUCAUUCAGACAGCCAUCAGCAGUGAUGGAGGCCAGCCUGAGAGCAGGAAAGCAAACAGCAUGGUCAAGUCUUUCUUCACUCGGCAAAUGGAUCGGAUCUUCCCUUGGUUCAAAGUGAAGGAGUCCAGGUUGUGGGAAAAGCAAAUCGUCUCUGCCAACAGUGGGCUCCUUCCAAAUGCUGUGCUGCCUCCAUCCCUUGACCACAACUACGCCCAGUGGCAGGAGAGACAGGAGCUCUCCCGUGCCGAACACCCCCACCCCAUGAAAAAGAUCAUCCCAGCACCCCGACCUAAAACCCCCGGUGAACCAGAUUCUCCAGCCUCGUCUCCUCCUCUCCCGCCAUCUCUGCCCCCUCUGCCCCCUCUGCCUCCACUCCUACCUGAUCGUGAAGACAGCCCAGAGCUCCCUCCUCCACCAGGCAUCAGUGAUAACAGGCAAUGUGUUCUGUGCUUGAAGUAUGGAGACGAGAACACAAACGAGGGAGGCAGGCUGCUGUACAUCAGUCAGAACGAGUGGGCGCAUGUCAACUGUGCGCUGUGGUCGGCCGAGGUGUUUGAGGACGACGACGGCUCUCUGAAGAAUGUUCACAUGGCUGUCCUCAGGGGCAAACAGCUGUGCUGUGAGAAGUGUCAGAAACCAGGGGCCACAGUCGGCUGCUGCUUCACCUCUUGCACCAGCAACUACCACUUCAUGUGUGCCCGCCAGUGCCACUGUGUCUUCCUAGAGGACAAGAAAGUCUACUGUCCUAAGCAUCGAGACCUCAUCAAGGGAGAAGAGGUGUCUGGAUUUGAGGUGACCCGCAGAAUCCUGGUGGAUCUAGAGGGAAUAAGUCUCAGGAGGAAGUGGCUGGCAGGACUGGAGCCUGAAAAUGUCCACAUGAUGAUAGGCUCCAUGACCAUUGAUUGUUUGGGGAUACUGACUGAGCUCUCAGACUGCAAACGCAAACUCUUCCCUGUAGGAUACCAGUGUUCAAGGGUGUACUGGAGUACUUUGGAUGCUCGAAAGCGCUGUGUGUAUACCUGUAGGAUCCUGGUUUGUCACCCUCCAGUGGUGGAGUCUGACCUGAAACACAUGAUGGCCCCUGAGGAGAAUCGCACAAUAGCACACAGUCCUCCCAUAACAGAUUUUCCGGAUCCAUUUGAAUCCCCAAGACGCUCUGACACCCUUUCACCUUCCAACACCCCCAAGCUCAGGGUCUACACCAGGAACAGACACCCUAGCUAUCCCCCCUGUCAGCGCUCACUAGGCCCCAGGCCCAUGCCCUCUCCAGGAGGGACCUCCCAGCCCCAAAGCCAUGAAGUUGUGACUGUAGGAGACUCCCUGGUGAACUCCAGCAUGCGAAACAUUGACUCCCGUCGCCAUAGCUCCCCUUCUCUCUCCCUUCCUCCCCACCAGCUGAACAGGCAGAAAGGAAUGACCUCCCCACCGCGUAUUACAUCACGUCCCCUCACGUCACCCCCACCUCUCAUCCCUUCUCCAGCCAGAGACCCCGAAAGGUCCAAACACCUCAGCAAAGACUCCGCAAAGAAUCCAGUCAUAAGAGAUGAAGAAAGAGGCAGACUGUUUUCCUCAGAUAGAAACAGAUCACAACCAUCCAGGGAUCAGGGGUCCAGGGAUGUAGACAAGGGGAGAGUAACGAGUCAAGACCAAGCUUCUAAGGAUUCAGACAAAUUCAGAUCUUCCAGGGAACUUGGGCAGAAAGACUCUGACAAAGACACAAUACCAGCCAAAGAGCCAGAGAAGCGGAGGACAUCAAGUAAAGACUCAGGUCUCAAAGAAUAUGAGAGAGGGAGAGCGCUCAGUAGAGAUCCCUUGAGAGAUUCAGAAAAAGGGAGACAAGCAAACAGAGACUCUGAGAAGGGAAGGCAGGCAAGCAGAGAGACAAGCAAUAGAGACACGGAUAAGAACAAAUCAUUGUCUAAGGAUUUGGAAAAAUCUCGGUCGCUCAGUAGAGAUACAACUCUGAGGGAGUCUGAGAAGCAUAGACAAUACAGCAGGGAAACAGGAAAAGACUCAGGUCAAAGUAAAGACAGAUUGUCCAGCAGAGACUCUGAAAAGAGCAGACCUCCCUCAAGAGAUUCCAGUUAUAGAAGCACAGAGAAAAACAAAGACUCUGGCUCAGGGAAGGAGAGUAAUGCUGGCAGUCAGUCCAAACAGACUGGAGGAGAGAGUAAAAACCUGAGACUCGCACCUGCAGGCUCAGGUCAGUCCUCCCCUCCUGUAGGCACUGCUGUUCUCACAGCUCAGCAGAGAGGCAGCAGCAACAAGCAAGCAGAAAAGCAAGGGAAACACGGAGGCAAAGACCAGGAUGUUCCGCAGCCUCGUCACAGGUCCACAUCAACCUCCAACACGAUCCAGUCAAAGGACAAGCCCAGCUCAGGGAAGGAGAGUAGUAGUGGCACUGGAAAUGUAAUGCUAGCUUCAGUCCAUAAGGACUCUGUGGGUGGGAAAUCUGGUUCCCCACAGGCAUCAUUUCAGAAGUCAAAUUCACGCAAAUCAAAUGAUUACUCAUCAGGUCCAGCCACAGUGGCAGCAGCAGCAGCUAUGAAGCCUCUGUGGCAGUCAAGGACACCAGCAGAAGAAGAUGUCGUCAAGCGAGGCUCCGUGCAUCUGCCCUCCCCAGCUGCAGCCUCAGCCGCCAAAGACAAACACCCCAAAGUGAAGACGGCAGGCAGCAGAGAGGUUUCGAAAGACCGCGAACGAGAGAAGAGUCUCCAAAACAGCAACAGCACUAACAAAAUCCCUCUUCUCAACAAUAACACAAAAGCGAUGGGCAGCUCCAAGACCCACGCUUCAAACCCCAGCUCUCACAACAGCAGCAAUAGCAAAGCUCCAGUGCUUGGAAACAGCACCAAAGCCCAUGGGAAGGCUCAGGGGGAGAAGCAGGAAAACCAGGGGGGAGACAGGUUGUCUUCAAAGAGCAGAGAAAGCUACUCCUGCCCUGAGAGGAAGAACAGCUCCAGUUUGGACAACUUGCAGCAGCUGCAGCAGGGGUGUGUGGCUUCAGAGAAAGGAGUGAAGACCUCCUCCCAGUCUCAUACUAAACCAACAGGUAACCAGCUCUCUAGAGAGAAGAAGAGAUUAAGUAAACCCAUUGCUGUAAAUCCACUUAAGACCGAUAUCAAAACCGACCCUAAUGGAACCAGCACUGUUGGUAUUUCUUCCUCCUGCCCCACCACCACCCCCACAUCCACAAUCACUCCUGCCGGCCAGGGAACCCGUCGCUCUGCCCGCUCCGCUCUCUUUUCCUCACCCUCCGCCAGCAGCAGCGACAGCUCUGAAUCCGACACCCAGACUCAGACAGAGGAAGACGACCGGCGCAAAGAGCGUUCACGAAGCGAGCUCCUAGAUCGCCACAGCCUUCUAGCUCAAGGAGGAGAGGACAAGGACGACGGCCCAGAAGACGACCAGGACAGAGGAAUGGAUGACAAACAUCACGAGGAUGACAGCGAUGGGUCAGGGUCGGCUAAGCGGCGUUACCCGCGUCGCAGUGCCCGUGCUCGCUCCAACAUGUUUUUCGGUCUCACGCCUUUCUACGCCGUUCGCUCGUACGGUGAGGAGGAUCUUCCCUUCUAUAGCAGCGGGGAUGCAGCUGGAGCCAUGGUUAAGAGGAGGACUGGUGGCCGUAAGAAGUCAGCUGAAGGGCAGGUGGAUGGGGCCGAUGAUAUGAGCACUACAUCUUCAUCAGGGGACAGUGGAGAGGAGGAAGACAGUGGGAUGAAGCAGAGGGGUAAAGAUCCUUAUUACUACAACUUCACCAGAACAAUAAUCAACCCUGGUGAGGGUCUGCCGUCCAUAGAAGGGAUAGAUCAGUGUCUGGGCAGAGGAUCCCAGCUUCAGCGCUUCCUAAAAGAUGAGGAGCAGCAACAACAAAGAGCUCAAGGAAAAACUGAGGAGGACAUGCUGAGUGCUUUGACUUUGGGCAAGCCACACAUCAGCCAGCUAGAUGGCGUUGACGACGGCUCUGAGAGUGACACCAGUAUCUGCACUACCAGCACCACAACCACCACAGCCACCUCCUCGUCCACCCCACACAAGAGCACGUCGAGGAGAAGGGGCAGGGAAAGGCACACAGAGAAACCUGACUCCCACGAAACGAGCAAAGAGGCUGACAACAGCAGCGCAGCGGUGAGCGGGAAUACGAGAGAGGGCAGAAAGAACCAAAAAGAAAACUGUCUUCCUCUAGGAGGUGGGGUCAAGUCCCAGCCGCAGACUCAGGGUCAGGAUCCUCUGGAGGCCCAGCUGUCCCUCAGCACAGACCUACUCAAGUCAGACUCUGACAACAACAACAGCGAUGACUGCGGGAACAUUUUGCCGUCAGACAUCAUGGAGUUUGUCCUCAACACACCCUCCAUGUCCAUGCAGGCUCUGGGUCAGCAGUCGGAGCCGACGUCCUCUGAACUGCUGCUGGAUGAGGGCUAUGUUGGUGUGGAUGUCAACCGACCUAAAGACAUUCUCUUCGACGACUUUUCACAGCCGCUGCCCAGCACAGAGAGUGGAGGAGUAGUGGAGAGUAGUGUGAACAGCUCCAUAUCUGUAGAGGAGCCAUAUCUUCCUCUGGAGCUGCCCUCUGACCUCUCUGUGCUGACCACACGCAGCCCGACUGUCAGCACCAGUCAGAACCACACCGCUGCUGGGAGCCUUAUCUCAGAUACCACAGACCGCACUAUGCUUGGUUUGACCUCUGACCCUGACACAAUCAGUGGAGAGAAGAGUGGGGACAAGAAAAGAACAGGGCCAGGUGUGUCACCAUCAGAGAAUCAGCAUGAUGCAACAACUUUAGGAAACAGGGAUACACAGGUCACAGAAGGUCACAUGACCCCAGAGCAGUUCAUUCCUAGCCCUGCCAUUGGUCAGGUGGUUGAACCUCCAGGUAACCAGGAUGUUCCAAGGAGUUCUAGUACCCCUGGUUUGCCGAGUUCUCCCUCGCUGCCCCUUCAGGGGCAGAAGUACCUUCCAGCAUCUGCUGCAGGCAGUCCGAGUCCAGUUCCUUGUCCAGGACCAUCCCAGACCCAGGUUUCCAGUCCAGCAGUCAUCAAACCAGGCCCUGAUAAGCUCAUUGUGGUCAAUCAGCAGUUCCAGCCUCUCUAUGUCCUCCAGACAGUCCCUAACGGUGUCACACAAAAAAUGAGUGCCGCAGGAGUGAUGGAAGCUGGCUCUUCUGCAGUGCUGGGGCCCAUGACGCUCACUACGGGGUUAAAUACAGCCUUAUCCACAGCCCAGCAGAUAUUUCCUGCUGGUGGUAAAGUCCUGGGCACCAUGUCGCACGCCUCCCAGAUUCACACCUUCACAGGAGCCACACAGGCCAGCUUCCAGACAGGAAUCCCAAGCACCACUUCUGGGCUUCUCAUUGGUCUGCCCUCCCAUGACCAGUCCCAGAUUCUGGUCUCAGAAGCUGGUCGACCACAUGACCUGGGACAUAGUGUCGCCAUAGUGUCUAGUCCAUCCUCAAUCAUCUCCUCUCCAGCCGUGCUCGCGUCCGCUCAUGGCAAGAAGAGGCCCAUCUCUCGUCUUCAGCCUAGAAAGAGCAAAAAGUUGGCGCGUUCCCGUAGCCAGCCUACUCUGGCUCCAUCUGAAGUUGCUCCCCCCAACAUGACCCUCAUUAACCUGUCCUCUCCUCAAAUUACUGCCAGCAUCCCCGGCCAACCUGGCAGCCUGGUAGAGUUAGGCACCCUCUCCACAUCCCAGCGCAAGGUUCCUAAUAUUAUCAAGAGACCAAAAUCAGGUGGGGUAAUGUACCUUGAGCCAACUACUCUUCUUCAGCAGAGGAUACAAGGUACCACUCAGUCUGGUAUCCUAGGUCAUGAUUCUUCCACUCACCUCAUACCCUGCACUGUCUCUGGUCUCAACCCCAGCCAGUCUGUGUUGAAUGUGGUGUCUGUGCCCCCUAGUGGUGCUGCAGGCCUUCUUGCACCAGGCUCAGUGUCUCUUUCCACCCCUGUCCUCAGCUCGGCAGAGAUCACAGGGCCCAUUAGCAGCCUCCUGUUUAAAGCCAGUACUCACAGCCUGGGCCUGUCUGAUCAGCCGAUGGUCCUUCAGUCAGCCGGGGGAGCCCCUCUGAUGUCACAGCUUAGCUCCACAUCCAUAGCUAGCAGCAUCUGCGUCCUCCCCUCCCAACAGACUAUCAGCAUGGCUGUCACCCAGCACGGAGACUCAGAGGGCAGCCACUUACAGCAUCAGUCUCAGUUUGCAAACAGAGCCCAGGCGUUGGACUCCAAUCCAAACACCACAGUUACUCUGGCCCCCAGCCCCGCCACCCCUCUGAGCCCCACCAAAGGACGUGUUGUCGGAGUGUUUACCUCCUCCGCACACUCCCAGAGCAGUAGAACAACUCAGAUUUCCAGAUCGUUAGAACAGAGGACGCCUAACUCUGCAGCCAUUUCUGGAUCAGAAAAAGGCAAACAGACAACAAAGAGGAGCAGGCAGACUUCAGACACAACCAGCGGGAAGAAGCUCAAAGCAUCUCAGGCAGAGGAGCAUCACAGCAACCCUACAGGACGACUCCACUCAAACCCAAGCAGUUCCAAAGAGCUGAGGUCCCCUGAACCCAUGGACACUGGCAAACCAGCAGAUAAGCCAGCCAACAAGAGUUUACUUGGUAAAAAGAAGACAUCUGAGAGUCCUGUUAUGCCUGGGAAAGUAGUCGGGAAAGACAAACCAUCUGCAGCAGGGGGAGCUGGGUCUCCUCCUGUAGCUUUACCACCUGACCAGGAUGGCAACAGCAGGGAUACCACCUUGGAUAGCAAACCCAAGAAGGGCAUCAUCUUUGAGAUCUGCAGCGAGGAUGGGUUUCACAUCCGCUGUGAGAGUAUUGAAGAGGCCUGGAAAUCUGUGACUGACAAGGUGCAGGAAGCUCGCUCCAACGCACAACUCAAAGAGCUCUCUUUUGAAGGUGUGAAUGGAUUGAGAAUGCUGGGAGUUGUCCAUGAGGCGGUGGUCUUCCUACUUGAGCAGCUGUAUGGCUCCAGACACUGCCGGAGUUACCGUUUCCGCUUCCACAAACCAGAGGAAACAGACGAACCUCCCAUCAACCCCAACGGAUCAGCUCGUGCAGAGGUCAACCACAGGAGGUCUGUAUUUGACAUGUUCAAUUUUUUGGCCUCAAAACACCGCCAGCCUCCCGAGUACAGGCCGCAAGAAGAAGAUGAUGAUGAAGGGCAGAUCAGGUCUGCCAGGCGUGCCUCCAGCGAACUUCCUCUGACUGAGAGAUUCACACAGCUCAAGACUACUUCUAAAGAGACAGUUGGAGUCUUCAGGUCUCCCAUUCAUGGCCGAGGUCUGUUCUGCAAGAAAACCAUUGAUGCUGGGGAGAUGGUCAUUGAAUACUCUGGAAACGUCAUUCGGUCUGUGCUCACUGACAAACGGGAGAAAUAUUAUGAUGGAAAGGGGAUUGGCUGUUACAUGUUUCGCAUCGAUGACUACGAGGUGGUAGAUGCCACAGUGCACGGCAACGCUGCCCGCUUUAUCAACCACUCCUGUGAGCCCAACUGCUACUCUCGAGUCAUCACCGUGGACAGCCAGAAGCAUAUUGUCAUCUUUGCCUCUCGUCGCAUCUACUGUGGAGAAGAGCUCACCUAUGACUACAAGUUCCCCAUCGAGGACGCCAGCAACAAGCUGCCCUGCAACUGUGGAGCAAAGAAGUGUCGCAAGUUCCUCAACUGAAACAUACUUGUUUCUGAAGAUUUAAAGAGGACUGUAAGUCUGUUGAGCAGCAGUGCUACAAUAAUCUGACAGGACACCAUAUAGGGGUUCACCUGUGGCUUUACGCUGGUUUUGUGGGCUUGGUCCACAGAGGACCAUACUCUUAACAAGGCCUGAGCUCUGUCAGUGUUUCUGCUGCUGGUGCAGCAGAAACCCAACAGAGACAGCUGUCAUACUGUAAAUACAGGACAGGCCAUUUUGGAGGAGGGGCCAUUUGUAAAAAUUCUAACAUUGUGCCUCCUUUUGUCUCAUUUACAUUUGGCAUGGGAAGUUCCGCCUCCAGAGGUGUGUAAUGAAACGGUCUGAGCCUUCACAACAUUGCAAUAUUUACUCUAAUUUACAUUUGGGUUAUAGGUUUACUUUUUCAUAACAUUUUUACAUUGGCCCAUCCUCCUUCAUUCUCUCAAAUAUGUUAUGAUCCACUAUUUCUGAGAAGUGAACAAAAAAAAUCAAAGACCUUGGUUCCGUUUUACACCAAAGUGCAAUUUGUUGAAGGGAUUUGGAAGAGUAAUUUCAUAAGAAAGAAAAAUUAGAACCUUGAUAAUAUUUCCUUUUCUUUUUGUCAGUUUCUGUGUCAGCUGUUAUUGACGUGCAUCUCCUUGUCUGAAUGUGCCCUGAUGCCUUCAGAGCCGUUAUGAUUUGGUGGAACCUUCCCCUAGCCCGGCUUUUUUAUUUUUUUAUUUCUUUUUUCAAAAAAAGCUGGGGACACUGUAAAUAGGAGCCACUUCAGCAGGCUGAUGAGAGCUGUACAGGUGGAAACACUAGGGGGAGCAGUGGCCACAGGGACAGAGAGAGAAAAGAGACAAGAGGGGGUAGAAAUGAAGAUUUGUUUGUGGAAUAAAUAAGCGGUUAGGUUGAUAUUAUGGUUGAUACCAACCGUUGUACUGAAACGGACUUGUAGUCAGACAACUUGGAGGAUAUGUAGACGUGUUAUUGUUGGGAUUAAGCCUCUGGCCUGAGAGAGCGAGGCAGCUAGAGACUCUGGUGGACUGACAGCGGAGGGACCGCAGAACCCUACUGAUGUGCUUUAGUAGACAUAUUUGUAAUUAAUUUUUUGAGCUGUGAUCUUUUAACAGCCAUGAAUUUGACAGAAACACUUGUGUUUGUGCAUGCUGUUGUUAUCAUUCAACUUGUGAUUGGUAAUGGUAUAAGCUUAGACUUCUGAGUCACGUUCCAAAUCACAGCAGCAAAGAGAACCAAACAUCUCACCCUUGAAUUGAAUUUCACAAAGCUUGAUUUCUUCUUGGCCUGUUUGAAUAACCAUUACUAUGGAAAAUGUUUAUUUUCUUUUUUGUAUUGAGUCUUUUAAAAUCUGUUAUCUGUCUUUUUAUUAUGGACAGGGAAAUAUCAUGCUUGCUUUUAAAAAACAAAUGUAAAUAAUGUAUAUUUUUCUACAAAAAGACUUAAAAAGCACUCACUAGUGAAUAGCACUUAAUGAUGGUAUUUAUAUUUUUGAAAAAUCGUAUUUAUUUUGUUGCCAUUUUUGUAGGAAAUAGAGGUUUACAAACACUAAUGCUUCGUCUCUAUGUUUUGUAUUCCGCUGCCUUUUUAAAGUUUUUUUUUUCAGUUUUAUUUUAUUUUUUUAUUUUAUUAAUUUGUAGCCUGAAUGUUUUCUUUGAUUCCAAAGACUGACACUGGUCUGUGGCUUGGUCCCCUUUUCGUUCAGUCCACCAGUAGCUCUUUUAUCUAUCCCAGGCCAUUGGGUCAAAGCUGACAGGUUCUUUAUGUUGUUCCAGUUCCAGCUGGCAGUUUGGCAGUUCAUGUGAACUAUUAUUAUGCACUUGAGAGAGUUUAGAUUGUUGAUCCAGAGCAGAUAUCUCCUCUCUCCAGCCUUAUCGUCUACACACCACAUCAAGCCAAGAAUCAAGUCCACUCACAAGUCAAAGUAAUCAGGUUUUUCUUGUCACCAAUAGAUCAUUUUUCAACAGGUGUACCGCCAAUUGGCACAUGUAAAAUGAAAGAGUCUCUUCAGUUUCAAUUUGUUAAAGGUGCCUUUAUUUUAAUCCAUCGUACCUCCAUUCAGCCAACUUGUCUAUUCGGGAAAAAACACUUACUCCUGGUGGAAGCUCCUGUUUCUCACCAACAUUUGGAAAUCACCUGUUUUGUUUCUUUUAUUCGGUCCACUCUUGGUUUGCCUUAGUUGUAAAUGACUCCUCUCUUUAACAAGCCUUCAUGUUCUGGACAGACUGUUUGGACUGACUGGUUCCAUUAUGUGGCUAAAUUAAUCUGCUAUAGUCCUUUUUUUGUUUUUUUUCAAUCUCUUGAAUUAAUUUAUUGUUGUCCGCCGUUCAUACUGACUUUGUAAUGAUCUAAAGGCCGUAAGCAGUCACUUCCACACUGCACCUUGUUGUUGUGAACUGAAACCAAUCGUGGUUUGCACUUUUGCUGUGACACAGGCACUGAAUAGACAUAGGAAAAACUCAGCUCUUUCUCCAGACAGAUGCAACUUCAACGCCAAAACCACAAGCACACAGAGUCACUGAGAAAGUCUGUGCAUGAGGUCCUGAUACAAAUACUGAACUCAACCCGGAUUGGUUUUGAAUAAUCCUGAAAGAAGCGAAUGAGGCUCUCGCGAAGUGCACUUGACUCUUUUUCUGCAACAAAGUAAAGGCAGGGACCACACCAGCAGUCCAUACCUUCCUAAAGGUGCAGUGUGUACAAACCUCUGCUGUGCUUUUCCAUUCAGGGCCCCAGACAAGGUCUCCAGGGCCCCUUUUGUUAACUGACAGGACAGCUGCUUGGUUGUACAGCUGCACCUGCAUUGGGCUUGCUUGGUUCUGCUGCUAAGGUCAACAAUGAAUGUAUAUUCCUCCUUCGCAUCAUCAGACGUGUGAUGAUGUAGAUUCUUUGUCAGCCACAUUUUGUUUUCAGUUCUUGUGUCAGUUUGUAGAAAUGACCUCAAACUGGGCAGCAGCAGCAGUUUAAGCACUGAGAAUAAUACAGAGGUGUGAACAGCGGUGGCGUUUCUGUCUGUUGGACAUCUGGUUCGUUCUGGAUUAGCUCUACACUUCAAGCUAACAUUGAUAACAACACUUAAGGUGAUGCAAAGGGCUCUGUCUACCACUCACUUCUUGAGAUCCACUUCUGAUGUGGGUCAGAGGGUUCAGUGAUCAAUAACGCAUUAAUUUCUCUGAUAUUCAAUAAGGGAAUGGUCUCUGUUGUUUCUUUGGACUUCAUUUUACCACGCCACACCAGUGGCCCUUCUCCGUCAUUCUCUGUAAUUAUAGUAUAAAUACAUGACAAUAUUAUACGGAAACAUGCAUAGCAAUUUCUUGUACUUUAGUAUCUAUACAAUAUAUGGAAUGGACAGACAAACUUAGUUACAGUAGCAAAACAGCAGAUUUAUAAUGGUUAAUAGCAAUGUUUCAAUGUACUCUAUAAUGGUUUUGUGUUACAGUACUAUCAGAUGAAACUAACGUGCAUCAUUCUUUUGUAUAUUGAUAUCCAGUUCCAAUUUUGCCGUGCCUGUUAGCACUCAGUCAGCAAGGAGUGCUGCAGUUUUUCUUUUUCAUUUCUUUCUGGAAAGGAACGGUUUUAUGUGAUAAGAAAUGUAACUGUAUUAAUGUGGUUGUGAACUUUCUUGGGGUCAGCCAUUUGUUUUCUGUUUUAUUUUCCCUCUGGUUGUUGUAGUGAAUGUUUUUCUGUUUUAUUUUUUGUACGUUUAACAGGGAUUUUUUAGUCAGCUUACUUGAUGUGCUACAAAUUAAGAGUUUGGUUUGUGGAGACCGAACAGAAAGAUCCCACCAAAAUGGCGUUUCUCAUUUUGGAAAAAACCUCUCAUGUCUCCCAGACUGCCUCUCUCCUCCGAAGCUUUUGUUGUACUUAUCAUGUACUGUUUUUAUAGAAAGUCAUAAUGCUGAGAUAAUGCUGAUGUUGAAAACAUUUAAUUUAUUUAUUUUGUGCAACAUCCACCCUGAAUUGUUCUUUUACAAGUCAAGGUUUGGGAGAAGUUGGAUGAGUACGUAACCUGUUUGUAAUUUUCUAAUUGUUUCUUGUGUACAGAAGUUAUCAGCCUAGGAUGGGAAGUCGUGUCACAGAGGGCGCGGAUGAUAGAAAACAAAAAAGAGGGAUCAUGGAUCAUGGACAAGCUUGUUUUUUAUGCCUUGAAAUAUACCUUUGUCUUAUCAAUAUUCCUCCUGCUCUCUGUAAUAACAGUAUCCGUGAGUUUAACAGUCAUAUUUUCUCCCGUUUAAACAGUAUUCUUUCAGUACACAAUAACAAAAUGAAGGAAAACCACAACAGUGAAAAUGAACCACAAACUACUUGGUUGAAUGUAUAAUUAGGAAACAAAGUUGUACAUAAGUGUAAAAAGAAAAGUUUCUAAUCAUGUUUAUUUUCUAUGCACUUUUUUAUUUAAGUGAUAGUUUAAAUAAUAAACAUGUCUCCUUUA